CUGCGAGGAACAAUCAUAGCAGCGUUCGCUUGCCUACCUUAUGCUAGGAACUGCACUAACAGUUUCACAUCAGACUCUUGGAACAACGUGAAGCAGUGGUUUUCUAAGUGUACACCACCAGCAGCCUCAUUAUCACCUAGAAACUGUUUAGGAAUGUAAAUUGUGGGCGCCACCACAGACCUGCUGAGUCAGAAACUCUAAGAGCGGCUCCCAGGUGAUUCCCAGCAGUUACAGUUUGACCAUCACCGCUGUAGAAAGUAGGUGUGACUUUUUAUCUCCAUUUUCUGGAGCAACUAUGGCCUUGAGAAACUAGGUAACCUGCCCAGCCAAUUAAUUAAUGCCAGGGUCUGAUUCCAACCUAUUUCUUCUGGAGACAGAGCCUUUGGGUUGAUUUCAUCAAACAGCAUCUCAGUGCAUAUUCUGAGCAUGGCUCAUGGUGGUGCAUGGCUGAAAUCGUCAGCGAUAAAAGACCAGGACUUUGAUAAGAGGUGGCACAGGGGACUGUGGGAGUCUGUAGGAGAAAGUGACUGACACGCUGAGUUACAGAAGGCUUCCAGGAAGAGGAGGAUGGACGUUGGAGCUGGUGCCUUGUGGCAGUCUGACUCACGAGCUGAACAGUGCCAGCGUCCCCCUUCUGCCCCCAGGUGGCAGUUUGCCAGGAAGGGGAGAAGGAAAGGACUAACUCAUAUUAGCUGAAAAUGGACAAUAUGCCAACUGCUGUAAUCCUUUCUACCAUCAGAACAACCUUGGGAGGUAAAGAAUCCAGUCUGCUGCCUGCCACAGAAACCAUCACCUGGACCAGAUAUGAAGUGCUUAUGGCAGAUUUUUGUCCUGUGGGGAUUCUGGGGUUUCAUCGUGUGGCUGAUGGCCCCCGGCCUAGAGUGGAAACCUGAAUCGGAACCCCAAGAAAAGCUGACAUACUCGGUACCAUGGCAUUGCAACUGUCUUUGGUUCAAAUUCAGAAAGUUUGGCUGCCCAUCUGGGACCCUCAACUACACCCUCUGCCAUCACACAGUCAGAGAACAGAACUGGUUUGAUGCAUGCUAUGAGAUGAUGGAUGAUGGGAUACCUGAUGGGGGCAAUGGAGUCCAUGACCCCAAUGCUGUGUUCUGGUGGUUGGGCAGUGGUCAACACUGGGCUCAAUCUCACCCCCUGUCCUUCCUAGGCCUAGCCCAUUUCCCACUUUCUGGCCCAAACCCCUGCCCUUGGCCCUGGCUUAGUGCACCUCCCAUCUUCAUAGUCUCAGCCCCUGACCUCCAGAUGGAGCUCUCACCAACCCAGGUCUUCUGUCCUGGCAUGAGCUCAGCAAGCGAGUUGGGCGAAGUGUGGGAGAAGUUUUUCAAGGUGAUUUCCGGACCCUCGGUGAGACAUUCUGCUCUCCACUGUGGGACUUGUGCGCUGGUGGGGAACUUGAAGAUCCUGCGAACCUCCAGCCUCGGGCACAACGUCACUCAGCACAGCACAGUCUUCAGGCGGGCGCUGAGGAGAGGGCAGGGAGCAGGAAGAUCCAGGCCUGUCCCCAGAGUUCUGUCAGUUUCUGGAUCCCUUCCCAGGAUGAACCAGGCCCCUGUUCAGGGCUUCAAGAUGGUAGGGAACCAAACCACGGGACGCUUCAUGUGCCGCAGGAAUGCUGGGGCCCAGGGCUCCUGGAGACAGCUGCUGCCACUUGUCCUGAAGCUUUCCGGCCUGGCAUGGACUUCAGAUGCUCUGAGUGAGGAGGUGAUGGUCUGGAAACCCAGGCAUUCUUAGUAUGGGGGUGAGAGGAGGUCACUGCCGGAGAAGACAGAGGGGGCUCCAGGGAGACCCUCUCCUUGCUUAUUGGGGGCACCUGCAGGACCUUCCUACAGCUUCUGAGGUCUCAGGGGCUGCUGAAACUCCCCCACCUCCUCAUUCAUUCGCAGAUUUCAGGAGAUGAUCCAGCUCCCUAGUGGAAUGGAAGAUAGCAAA